CGAGGGAUGAUGAAUUUUACAUACAUUUAGAUACAUGUAUAUAAAAACAAUAUAUGUCCAUUAAAGACAGCAUGCUUCAUUUUCCCACGGGCACCAUUAAUGAUAGUGUGAAACUGUAAGUGAAAAUUAUUACAGCUUAAAAAAGAUGAAACAAUUGUCUUCAAAGGUUUUUCAAACAUUGACCUUUGCAUAACACUGAAUCAACAUUUAAAUAUUGAGAUGUUGAGAAAAAUGGCAUAUUUGUGCUGAAAUGAAUUUCUGGAUUAUUUACAUCCUUGAGAAAACUUAAAACCACACGAGAAAUGGACAGACCUGCAAAACUUCACCAAGACAGCGGUGCAUAUUGUGAAAUCUGCUUGGAAUUUAAUGGUGAACGGACACACGUGUAUGGAUUUUGUACAGACUGUAAGGAAUAUUUAUGUAAAAGUUGCUGUGAAUAUCACUGUAGACCUAAACCUUCUAGAGAUCAUCAGCUAGUCUACAAAACCGAUAUGCCGGAUCCAGACCAUGCUGUGAAGACACUCUCGCUGUCCGGCUACCAGUGCCCAAAAAUGUGUGAAACCCACCCGGACAUGCCGGUCUUGUUAUACUGCGAUGCUCACAUGAAGCAAAUCUGUACCCUAUGUGCUUCGAUAAUGCACGUGUCAUGUAAUACACGUGCAAUAAACAGUACAGAGACGAGGUUUCUUAGUAAUCUUAAAGUGGAACGAACUUUCUCGGAGAUUGACCAAAUCCUGACAACUUGUAAAACAAAUACAGAAACUGCUGAAAACCUUUCAUUAAAGAACGAAAGGCAAAUGUUUGACACAAUUGAAGGUGUAACGAAACUGACCGAAAUGUUACAAGAGGAAUUAGGAAGUGCUAUGAACAGGGUCAUUCUCAAAAUAAAAGACUGUCAUAGGGAAAAUAAAGAACUGAUCAAUGCUAACAAAGAGGCAAACGAGAAGGCAGCAAAAAAAGCAUCAGAUCUUAAAAAACAUCUUCAGUCAUUCGUGGAAGAGAAACGUUACAGUCACCUGUAUCGGGGUAUUCAAAAUUCUGAUGACAUUUUAAAGAAAAUAAAAGCUAUGAUAAAAAGUGCAGAAACUGAAAGUAAAUAUAAGGAAAUUAUAUGCCAUGUUGAUAAACGAUUAUAUGAACUGAUAGAAAAUCCUGAACUUUUUGUACUAGUUACAGGACAGAAUAACGCGAACAUGUAUCAGCUGUAUACUGAUCUCCUUGUGCCUUCAGAAUAUGUAGAAGGUAGAAUUCCAGAUAAAGUAACUCAAGGUGACUCAACAAAGAGGAAUAACACUGGUGCCUAUGACUAUGUUUACACAUAUAUGCUUUCCAAGCGUAAAUCAUGAUUUACUAGGAAUAAAGGUUUAAACAAUUAACAAUAUUUACAAAUUAGAAAAUAAAUAGGAUUUAAUAACAAAAUGUGUAUGACUAUGUAAACAUAGGUGUAUGUGGUACAUACAUUCACUACAUGCAAACUUUAAUGAGAAAAUGUUUAUACUAAAAACAUGUGGAUUUCACUAGGUUUACAAACUUAAAAUGAAGAAAACAAAUAAAUAUUAUUAUUUGAUUAUGUUUAAAAACAUGUAUGUGGUACUUGCAUUCUAUUUGCAAAACUUGGGAAAAUAUAUCAAUAUAUGUCAAUUAUCAGUGAAAAAUAUAUAUACAUUGUAUAC